AAUAAAAUAUAAAAUAAUAAUGAGGAGAAAGGCUGGAAUUGGUGCUAUCCAUAAACAAAAAUUAGAACAAGAAAAAUAUAAGGAUAAAGGAACAGAGAUACAAGAGAAUCAAUUUGAACAAAUGACUAAACAAAUGGAAACAUUUCGUGUUAAUUUGGAAGAAUUUGCUACUAAGCAUAAAAAUGAGAUUAAAAAGAAUGCACAGUUUCGACGACAAUUUACAGAGAUGUGUGCAUCCAUUGGUGUUGAUCCAUUAGCAUCUGGGAAAGGCUUUUGGUCCGUGCUGGGCAUUGGUGACUUUUACUAUGAACUUGCAGUGCAGAUUGUAGAAGUAUGUAUGGCAAUGAAUUACAAGAAUGGUGGUCUGAUAUCUUUAGAUGAAUUAAGAACACGCUUGGUACAAGCAAGAGGUCGUCGUAAAGAACAUCAAGAAAUAACCAACGAAGACUUAUUAGCUGCAUCUAAGAAAUUAAAAAUAUUUGGAAACGGAUUCACAAUAGUUCCUAUAGGUAGAGGAAAGUAUUUAGUCCAGUCUGUUCCAGGUGAAUUAAGCAUGGAUCAUACUGCAGUGUUACAACAAGCUAGUUUAGCUGGAAACGCACAUGUUUCCAGGUCGAUGUUAGAAAUAGAGUUGAAAUGGGAACGAGAACGAGCACAGAAAGCAUUGGAUCAUAUGGUUAAAGAAGGAUUAGCUUGGUUGGAUGAACAAGGAGAAAAUGAAACCUUGUAUUGGUUUCCUAGUUUGUUUACAGCCUGUAUCGCCUCCAAAGAAUAAUCAUUUUUUCUUUUUCCUUUUUUUAAAGAUAAUUUAUCAGAAACCAAGAUGUGAUAUUAAUCCUACGAUUGUAACAUUACAAUGUUACCUUAUUUUAUUUCCUUCGAUGCUUCUAAAAUAU